AUGGCAUGCACAGCCAAGGCACGGAUGCGCACGGUAACUCUGACCAGGGCGACGCGGGAAGAGAUGCUGCAUUUCUCCAUACUUGGUGGGUUAGAGAGGAAUCAUGGGAUCUUUAUCACCAAAGUACAGCCAGAGUCUAAAGCUGCAGAAGCGGGACUGAAGAGAGGGGAUCAGAUUCUGGAAGUGAACGGUCACAAGUUCCAACAUAUUUACUACAACAAAGCUCUGGAAAUUCUCCGGGGAACAACUCACCUGUCUGUGACAGUCAGGUCCAACUUGCAGGAAUUCAAAGAAAUGCUGAGGACUUCGAAGAACACUCCUCGCAAAGUGAAACGAGAAGAUGGAAAUAUUCCUAACCCCAAACAGAGACUCUCUGUCCCUGACCUUGAGUCAACGCUGUCAGUGUUUCAGACAGAACCAGUAGAUGAAAAGAAGACAGAGAAACGAGGUGGAAUUUUUGGGUCCAACUCACGACUGCGAAAGGCCCUAACUCGAAUUAACUUUAUGCCUAAAAGUUCUAAUGG